AUGAUUCACACUUGCACUUCCAGUUACAGCCACUGUCACAGUUCCAAGGAAAUAACCCAUGAAAGCUUCCAAGCUCGCAUCUUCGCUCAAAGUAAGUUCCGCCCUCUUCAUUCUCCUUCUUCCCAGGGUAGGGUUUCUCUAGGGUUUAAUCAACUCCCCCGCACCCGACGGUAUCCUUCUUCAAUUUCUUCAUUACAGUGCGGCCCCCAACUUCCUUCAAGAAGAUAUAGUUUCUUGAACGCCUCGUGCUACAGCAGCGAGCCAGCUAAAAUAUCUUGUGGGUUUAAGCUUCGUUGUCAGUCGAAUUCUCUAACUUUGCCCUCCAGAAGUUCCUCUUUUCGUGGUAAGAAAAGGAAAUACGGAGGCGUUCUCCCUUCCAUUUUGCGUUCUCUGGAGUCUGCUGAGGAUAUUGACAAGACCCUUCAUGGCAGUUGUGAGAAUUUGAGCGCCAAAGAACAGACUGUGAUUCUCAAAGAACAGAGGGGUUGGGAGAAAGUAGUUAGAGUUUUUGAAUUCUUCAAAUCCCAGAAAGAUUACGUACCAAAUGCUAUUCACUAUAAUAUUGUGCUUAGGGCUUUGGGUAGAGCUCAGAAAUGGGACGAAUUAAGGCUUUGCUGGGUUGAGAUGGCAAAGAGUGGUGUUUUCCCUACUAACAACACAUACGGGAUGCUGGUUGAUGUGUAUGGGAAAGCUGGUCUUGUUCAAGAAUCUCUUUUGUGGAUUAAGCAUAUGAAACAUAGAGGGCUUUUCCCCGAUGAAGUAACAAUGAAUUCGGUUAUCAAGGUUUUGAAGGAUGCAGGGGAGUUCGAUCGGGCAGAUAGGUUUUACAGACAAUGGUGCUUUGGACAUGUUGAUUUGGAUGAUCUUAAAUUCGAUUCAGCAGUUGAUUUCGAUGACGUGUCUUCAUCUGCACCAAUUAGUUUGAAGUACUUUUUAUCCACUGAGCUUUUCAAGACAGGCGGGAGAGUUCCUACUCCAGGGGUUGAAGUUGCAUCAGAUGAAAUGGCUACUGUUGGUCGGAAGCCACAAUUAACAUCCACUUACAAUACUUUGAUCGAUCUUUAUGGGAAGUCUGGUCGUUUGAAGGAUGCAGCUGAUACUUUUGCGGAAAUGUUGAAGUCGGGUGUGGCAAUGGAUACUAUAACUUUCAAUACAAUGAUCUUUACCUGUGGAACCCUAGGACACUUAUCAGAAGCAGAGUCCUUGCUUAAGAAAAUGGAAGAAAGAAGGAUUCCUCCCGAUACCACAACUUACAACAUCUUCAUAUCUCUCCAUGCAGAAGCAGGAAACGUGGAUGCAGCCAUAAAUUGUUAUAGAAAGAUUAGGGAGGUUAGUCUUUCCCCUGAUAGUGUAACGUAUCGAACUCUUCUACUUAUGUUAUGCGAGAGGCACAUGGUCGGAGAGAUGGAGAAUAUAAUCGAGGAAAUGGAGAAGAGUUCUCGAAGUGUUGAUCAGCAUUCAAUGCCAGGUAUUAUCCGGAUGUAUAUUGAUGAAGGGUUACAUGAUAGGGCAAAGAUCUUUUUAGAAAAGUGUCAAGCCAAUGGUUCAUUGUCAGCAAAGACACGAGCAGCAAUUAUGAAUGUCUAUGCAGAGAAGGGGCUUUGGGCUGAAGCUGAGGCUAUAUUUCAAGGGAAGAGAGAUGGUGCACGCUUGAAGAAAGAUGUGUUGGAAUAUAACGUUAUGGUGAAAGCUUAUGGGAAGGCAAAGCUUUAUGAUAAAGCACUUUCUCUAUUUAGGACCAUGAGGAAUCACGGUACUUGGCCUGAUGAAUGCACAUACAAUUCCGUAGUCCAAAUGUUAUCAGGAGGUGAUUUGGUUGAGAAAGCAAGGAGCCUGUUAGCUGAGAUGAAAGGAGCGGGGUUUAAGCCGCAAUGUUCAACAUUUUCUUCGGUUAUUGCAUGCUAUGUCCGCCUACGGCAGCUAUCUGAUGCAGUCAAUACGUACCAGGAAAUGUUAGAGGCAGGGGUAAAACCUAAUGUAGUUGUGUAUGGGGCUCUAAUUGAUGGUUUUGCAGAAAGUGGUAAUGUCGAAGAGGCUCUAAGAUACUUUAGCGUAAUGGAAGAAACCGGGGUUUCACCAAAUCAGAUCGUAUUAACAUCCCUUCUUAAGGUAUAUAGUAAGCUGGGAUGCUUUGAUGGUGCUAAACAAAUUUACGAAAGGACUAAACUUUUGGAGGGUGGUCCAGAUUCAGUUGCAUCAAAUAGCAUGAUCAGUCUAUAUGCAGAAUUUGGGAUGGUUUCAGAAGCCGAGAUGGUUUUCAACGGGUUGAAAGAGAAAGGUUUGGCUGAUGAGAUAUCAUACGGAACCAUGAUGUAUUUAUACAAGAGCAUGGGGAUGCUAGAUAAAGCUAUUGAUGUUGCUGAUGAGAUGAAACAGUCGGGUUUACUAAGCGACUGCAUUUCCUACAACAAGGCGAUGCUUUGUUACUCGACCAAUGGCCAGCUUCGAGCUUGUGGGGAGCUGUUGCAUGAGAUGAUUAAGAAGAAGCUCUCACCUGAUGGCUGGACAUUCAGCUUACUCUUUACCAUCUUGAAAAAAGGAGGGGUAGCAUCUGAAGCUGUUAAAGAGCUCGAAUCGAGUUAUCUAGAUGCAAAACCCUAUGCAGCUCAAAGUAUAAUAGCAUCUGUUUUCUCCAUGGUGGGUUUACACGGUUUAGCACUGGAGUACUGUGAGGGGUUCACUAAAGUAGCCAAAGUGGUUCUCGAUCGAUUUGCUUAUAAUGCUGCAAUUUAUGUGUAUGGAUUGUCUGGGAAAAUCGACAAGGCUUUGAACAUGUUCAUGAGAAUGCAAGAUGAUGGGGUUGAACCGGAUAUUGUAACGCAUAUCAAUUUGGUCCACUGUUAUGGAAAAGCAGGUAUGGUGGAAGGUUUGAAGAGGGUUUAUACCCAGCUGAAGUAUGGAGAGAUCGAACGUUCUGAGUCUAUGUUCAAGGCUUUGGUAGAUGCCUAUAGAAUUGCUGAUAGGGAUGAUCUUGCUGAGAUGGUUGAUCAGGAUAUGAGGUUUGGUUUUGAUUCACAGGAAUUCUCGGAUUCUGAUAGUCAUUCUCAACAUACUACUUCAGAUUCAGAUAUCGAAGAUUGA